UGUCUCCCUGUCCUUUUCAGACCUGUCUACUGGCUGGGUAAAGACACCCUGAGGGUGUCUGCUGCUCUGUUUGCAGAGAACCGUCGACGGCUGUGCAAUGCGCUGAAAGCCAAAGACGGAAUGGUGCCGCAGUCAGUGGUUGUGCUGCAGGGAGGAGAGCAGAAGCAGAGGUACUGCACAGACACAGACGUCCUUUUCAGACAGGAGUCUUUCUUCCACUGGGCUUUUGGAGUAACUGAGCCUGACUGUUACGGCGCCAUUGAUGUGGACUCUGGGAAAUCCAUCCUUUUUGUUCCAAACUGCCUGAAAGCUAUGCUACUUGGAUGGGAGAGUGAGUCACACUAAUCUUCAAAGAGCGGU